GUUUCGUUAAUCACCACAAAGAUUAGUAAAUAGCGUAUUUUAAACAACAAGUCAUAAAAUAAUUUGUAAAACGACUGCAUCCAAAAUGCAGCCGACCCUAUGUGAGCAAUGUGGAGUUUUGCUUCUAUAGAAUUAGCCCUGUUAGCUUACAUCGGAUGAAAGCUUUCUAAAGCUUCCCUAUUCAUUUCGCCAUGAGCUAAGCAGACAGAGAUUAGGUGAUCAUCGGUGGUCAUGGAUCGCGACGAGGAGAAGCUUGCAAGUCAGCUGUGCGCUGCGGUGAGCGAUGGGGAUCCCAGAAAUGUGCAGCUGUUCCUUUCCAAGGGUGCAAGCCCUAACCUGGUGGGCAGUGAAGGUGUGGCUGCAAUACACUUGGCAGUUGGUAACGAGACAGAAAAGAAUAUACGCUGCUUGAAAAUGCUGCUGCAGCAUGGAGCCGAUCCCAACAUAAGGUCUUCUGAAGGUCUGACUCCUCUUCAUGUUGCUGCUCUUUGGGGAUGUUAUCAAAAUCUCAAGGUGCUGUUGAUGAAUGGAGGGAACCCAAACGUAAAAGAUGAUGAAGGGAACACACCAGCGAAGCUAGCAGAGCAACACGACAACAAGAAAUGUGCCUCUCUUCUUCAAGAAUACCAGUUCAGCUCAGCUGAGGCAGACGACCACUUUCCUCGGUUUCAGUACUGUAAGAAAUCUGUGUACUCAGACCAGGCUGACACGUCCAGCUACCCUGAAUCAGACUACAGCUUCAGUUCCCGCUCUUCCAUGAUAAGUGAUUUUGGUGAAGGCCUGUUCAGCAGCACAAGGUUUUCCUCCGCAUUGAACUCGUCUAACAUAGACAGAAGACCAAGUUGCUUUGGAGUAUCAUUUAAUGGACCUUCUGUUCUGUCAAGCACUCGCAUUUCUGCAGCAGGCCCUGCAGGUGACGUGGCAGCUCCAAAAGAGGAUGCUUUCUGUUUAAUUGAUGCAUCGAUGACCAAAGAUGACGAAAAGGCAGCUUGUAUUAAUGGUGUGGCGUCUCCUUCCAGCAGCAAUGCUCCUCAUGAGUAUUUUUCCAAACGAGCGAGUCGAAAGAGUGUUUGCUUCAGAAAUGUAGAUGAAUAUUUUCCUGUAUUUAGCCCAGAAACCCCUAAGCAAGGCAUUGCCACUGAAAUCGACGAGUCCACGGACACUUUACCCUUUGACAUGUCUGAAUACACAGACUUCCUAAAUUCGGAUCGCUUAGCCACGGUUUUACCAGAGCAGGGGAUCGACGUCACAUCACCGGACCAUGUGUUUGUCUUCAGUAGAACUAGCAGUGAUAAAACUCCUGAGGACUUGGAGAAAACGGUAAUAAGCCACUGUGAUCUCAAACUGAAUGAUGAUGAACCAGAGGGGCAGGAUAACACAGAACAUCAGGAGAGUCCUUCUAAACGAAAAGAGCAGACGCAUGCAGGCAGCAGCAGCGGGACUAGUAGCAGUCAGUACAGUAGCUGUGAGAGUGACCAUUACACCAGCUGUCUGGAUGCUCCUUUACACCCAAAACAUCCUGUAUUCCCUCCUGUGGAGGUGACUGAAUCCCACAAAACAACUGAACACAAUUUCCCUGACUCUAAUAAUGAACUUGAAAAGGGAGACAGAGAUAUUCUUGGUGUUCAAACAGAACACAAGAUGGACUCAAACCCUGAAGCUGAAGACCCUUUGUCAGGUUUGAUUGAUAAACUGACAUUGUCUGUUGAUAAAUGUACAGAAAAGGAAGCUUCUAGUGGUUCUUUAAGCACUGUGAGAAAACCAGACGUGGUUAUGCAAGAUGGUGAGGCAUCUCAAGAAAACAGCGGACUUGGUUUCACUCCGAGUCCUUUUGUCACUGGAAGAACACGUUCUAGAUUGAGCCGCUGUUCAAUGAGAACAAGCAGAACCCCUGAGAGCCUCUUAAUAACCUCUGCUUUAUUUGAGGAAACGCUACCCACACCAGUUCGGAUGUUCCGCAACACUCCCAGGUCUCAGGGUAGCGGACACCGUUUCAACUCCAAAACACCUACUUAUACGUCAGACUCUUCAGAGACAGGCGGCGGAGGAGAUUCUCUAGCCGAGGAGAGCCAGGACUCUCAAUCAAGUACAUUUAGAGAUCCAAGCAUCAGUAACAGCCAAGCUGAUACUCUUAUUCUACAUAAGAGCACUGCUGAGGGAUCACAGUCUUUAGAAGACACGGUGGUAUUAGAUGUCAAGAACAACUCCGACGAUGAGUACGAAAGAAAUUUUGCUGAGAUUGUUACGGCCAUAAGAGAACAGAACAGGGAUUGUUCUAAAGAUGGGAAACUUCUAAAUGAUGAUCUGAGUAGUUUGCCAAAGUCCAAAGUAGAGGAUCUGAAAGAGGAAGAUUAUUUAAAUAAUGAUGAUGUUUGGGUGACUGAAGACCACAGCUCACAGUCCGGCUCCACAUCCUCUUCAUCCACCUCUAGCUUAUUUUCUCCAAGGAGAUCUGCAGAGGACUCUGAACGUCUGCGUACUCCAGGUACAGGAUACACCCCGAGGUACAGCAUGAGCCGGCUAUCAACCAUCCAUCGACCGCAGCAAACAAAGGAACUGUCUUUUCACCUCCCGAUGGGCGUCCACGACCUGGAUGAACCGGUGGAGUAUCUCUACACUGAUACAGAGCAGGGCCACAAGCUCAUUGAGACGCACGUCCCGCCUACGUCAGACACCUCGCUCAGCACCAGCACAAGUACCAGCGCCUGUGAUGACACAGUUCUGUACGACUGGCAAUCCUUGCAAACUGAAAUGAAGAGUAACAAAUGGAAAGAGAACCAGUCACCUGAGAUGCUGGAACAGGGAGAGGAACAGAAUAAAUCUGAGAGCAGCCCGUUGACAGGAACUAGAGGAAUGACUGACAGGGAGCUGAGGCUGAAGUUGGUGGAACUGGGAGAGAGCCCGGGUCCCAUCAGCAGCCGCACCAGGCCAACAUAUAUGAGGAGGCUCUGCCGUCUGUUGCAGGAGGCAAACUGCAACACACAGGGUCACAAGACGCAGCCAGAAAAACCUCAGAAAGAUUUAGGUUAUAGUCCAGAACUCUGUCGGGUCCUGAGGACUUUCCAGCUGCCCAACUGCCAUGCUGAUGAGCAGACUUUGUGCGAGCAGUUUGACCAGCCAGAUCAAAACAGGAAGUGGAGGGAGGGAGUAAUCAAGUCUAGCUUUAACUACCUGCUGCUUGAUCCCAGGGUGACAAAGAACCUCCCGUUCCGCAGCCACGCUAUGACUCCUCAGGAGUGCUUUCAGACGUUUAUUCACGCCAUAUUUUAUGUGGGCAAAGGAAAACGCUCCCGCCCCUACAGUCACCUUUAUGAGGCUUUAGAGUACUACAGAGGGGAGAAGAGUGCCAAGAAACUCUGUCCAAAAGUGAAGCACAUCCUGCAGGUAUGGACGGCCGGACAGGGAGUCAUCUCACUGCACUGUUUCCAGAAUGUCAUUCCGGUGGAAGCGUACACCAGAGAGGCCUGCAUGGUGGAGGCAAUCGGGCUGAAAAUGCUGACCAAUCAGAAGCGAGGGGAUUUCUAUGGGCUGGUGUCAAACUGGGACUUUAGGAGGAAACGGGAGCUUGGGAUCCAUCUGCUGUACCGAGCCAUGCAGAUCUUCCUGGCUGAGGGUGAGAGACAGCUUAGACCAGCAGACAUUAGGCAGUAGAGACCCCCCACUAGAGAGACCAGGUGGGGUGGGGAAGACCUGUCACUGGAAAAUGCCAACACUGACGAGAUGAAAUACCACUAUGUAUAAAGGGAGUUUGACUGUUAGCUGCUUUUAAGCUCUUAUUGAGCAAAUUCAUCAGGGAAUGAAACUUUCCUAAACAAAUAAAAACAACCAUUUGAAUGCAUAUCUGAACGUGAACAUGCAACCUUAUGUGCAGAAUGCAAAAAAAGUUUUGUGUUUUAGGAUUCUGCUCUUAAGACAAAUUAAAUUCCUGCAUUAAAACUUGUAUAAUCCGUGUAACUGAAUUGAUCACUUCUAUCCCAUUGAACUGAAUAUGUACCUGGUCUGCUAUAUUUUUUGUCAUCAGACACGUUGGUGUCACUUUGUGUUUUGUUUUUCUAAAACAUUUUAUUUUUAUUAAUGUAAUUGUUACCUAUUAUACAUAUAUAGAUUUGCUGGAGGAAAAAAAAAGAAAAUAGUGUGUAGUGAUAGUAGUGAGCAAAUGUAUUUUCUUAAAGGAUUGGAUGUAAAAACAGAAUAUUUUAACAUGGAAGUAGAUAAUGACAUAUUUUAGUUUUCAGCAGAACUAGUUUAAACCUUGUUCCUGUGUCACGCCUCUUUAGUUUGCAUGCUGGGUCUCAGGGGUUACAGCUGUUACUUGGUGUCAUGAUCUCCAUAAUUUUACCAUCUCAUUUACUACACUUCAGUGACCCGAGCAGCAAGCAUCCGCAGAAUUUAUUAUCUCCGCAGGGAUUGACGAUUGAUGAGCUCUCCGAAUGUGUUUCUUCACAAAAAACCCAUUAGCAGACAAAUGCAAACUUUGUGUUUCAGGAUUUUUUUUUCUUUACAGCCUGGUAAAAACUAUACUAAACAUUGUCACUUUAGUUAAACAUCUGAAACCAGUUAAGAUUCCGUUUCUUAAAGGGUUCAGUCAAAUAAUCCAUUAAUCUUAAAUGUCACUGUUAAGCUCCCACUAUCAUUAAUGAUUGUGUGCAUUACUGCUGAUGAUUUUUUUCUAACAUGUAUUAGAAAUUGAUGUUUGUACAGCAAUUCUUUCUU